AAUAUUUGGACAGAAACCAACAACAAGAAGAUCAAAUGUGCUAAUUACUAGAAGAGUGAGGAUAAGAACGUGACAAUAAAUAAAAAUUGAAGACUAAUUAUGCAAAUAAAAAGUGAUGCAAUAAAAUAAAAUUUUGAGAAAAUAUGACCCCAGUAAUUAAUUAGGAGAUAACACGAGUCAUAGGUUUGCAAAAGUACGAUCAAACAUUCCUAAUUUCCACAGAUACUGCAGCUGUUUUAGAAAACCCUAGAAAUUCCUUCUUGAUUUCCAUCCUUUUUAAAGCUUACAGACAUCUUGUAUAUCAUGUAGAAAACUCUAAAAUCUCCUUCUUCAGCCUGUAAUUUAUACGUAUUCUCUUUGAAGUACUUCACUGUCAUAAUUAAAGGGGAAAACAGUGGAUCGAAGGCAUGGCAAAGAGGCCCCUUCCGUUUGAUGAAUCGGAGGAAAAGGAGAGAAUAGAACUGUAUCCUAUCUACUCUGCUAGAUCACAACGUGAAACGUCAGCCAUGGUUUCUGCCCUCUCUCAUGUUAUUGGUAACUCAUACAGUAAUCCUGCGGUUCCUACAGUAUAUGGAAAUCUUCCAUUACCACUGCCUGAAUCUUCAAGUGGACAAGAGCAAAACCAACCUCAACCAGCAGUUCAACAAGAAGGGAGACCAAACCUGCAGAGGAGAAGACGGUAUAGAGGUGUCCGGCAGCGGCCUUGGGGUAAGUGGGCGGCCGAAAUCCGGGAUCCAAAGAAGGCUGCAAGAGUCUGGCUUGGAACAUUUGACACUGCAGAGGCUGCCGCUCAUGCUUAUGAUGAAGCAGCACUAAGAUUUAAAGGAAGCAAAGCUAAGCUCAAUUUUCCUGAAAGAGUGCAAGGAAAAACUGAGUCUGGUUACUUAACAACGCGUCAAGAUUUACGAAUUGUUUCUGAGUCAACUACUACUCCAAUCCCUCGGCCGGUAUCUCAAGAAAGUCAUAUCAAUUUCCAGAACUAUGCAGAAUAUCUCCAUAGAGGAGUUAAUAAUAAUUUUUUGAACUAUGGUGCCUCGGGGUUUUAUUAUCGUGGUUAUGGUGGAACAUUUGUUUCACAAUCUUCAUCAAAUACAACAACGAUAUCUCCAGUAUUGCCAACUCAACAACAAAACCAGCAACAAGAGCAAGAGGUUCUGAGAUUUCAAUCACAAUUUGGAACUUCUAGUGCCGAUUCUUUGAAAAAUUGGGAAGAAUUGGAUAGCACCAGUCUUUCAAGAAGAUAGACUUUACGUGCUCUUGUAAGAGGAUCAGAUGAAGAUUCAUGAUCAGACGGAAAAUUUUUGUUUGUUGUAAGUUUUCUUCUAAAGUUUGACGUUUAAGCUUGCAAUUUUUGUCUUGUCUAAAUUAAAAGUUUUCAAGUACUCAACAGAAAACACGGGGGGACAUAUAUCAUGACCUAAGUUUGUUUGUGAUCUAAAUAAUUGGAAAUAAUAUUUUUAGUUCCAUCCUCUCUUAUCAGACCAUCAGUAGCACUCAUAGCUACAACUUUAUUUGAUUUUUCAGUUAGGUAUGUCACCAUUCGUCGUUAGAAGUUCUCUAAAUUCAUAGAUUGAAAGCAAUUAACAAUAAACAUGCAUAUCUUUAGAACAUUUGAUUCUGCAAGGAAGGAGUAAUAAGAAGCCUUCGAGUCAAAUACUUCAUUACAGACUGGGUAGGUUUGAUAAGAAGUACACGUUUGGCUUAGCCAAACAUGGUUGAUUAUUUUAUACUAGUACUUUUCUUUUUUUUCCCUAAAAUUGACAACUCUUUCCUAGUACAUAGUGAACUGCUUUAAAAUGUGGCAUUUAAUAAAUCUAGGCUUUCUUCCAACACAUCUCCAAUGUAUGUAUGCGUGUGCUAUAACAUUUUAAUGAAAGAUGUAGAGAAUAUCAUUGAUUAUCAGUAUAUCUUUAUGAAAUAAUGUUAUUCAUAGUGAAAACUACCGGUAGUCAUUAUACAUGGCAUACACAUGACAAUUUGUUAUUUGAUUGAUGAGAUAAUAAAAAAAAACUAUCUUAUUAAUGCAUUAAACAACAAAUUGUCAAAUGUAUAUCACAUAGAGUGAGUACCAGUAGUCUUUACUAUGAAUAACAUUACUCAUUUUCAUGUAACCAAAUCAUAGUUUUCUUAUUCUAUGAAAAAAAAAGUUUAUGAAUUUUUGCAUAUAAAUGGAGGUGUUAGGAUCUUCCUCUAGCUGCUCAAGGUGAUUUCCGGGCUCAUUUAACCAUACAUCAAAUUCAACACCAAAAUCGAGAGGUGACCGACCGCCGGCGAGCUUACUUCCUAUGGUUGCUUUUCCUCUUUUGCUUGUUGUUUCUUCCACACACUUAGGAUGGAUACCACACAGGUAAGAGUCACAAAGCCUCAAGCAAUUGGUAGGGAAGAUUAAUUAACAAGAUGCAUGAAGGAGAAGAAGAAGAAGACUGCCUCUCUCUCUCGGGUUCUCUCACGCACGGGUUCAACACAACAAAGGGAGUUACCAAUUUAUAAUAGUCCAAUGGCCAACUUAAGGUAAGUCACAAUAUGGUAAGUAGGCUCGACUAGGGUUAAGUCCCAAUAGCACACCAACAAGCCACAAAGAUUAUUAGCCCUCCAAUAGGUAAAGCAACGCUAGGUCGGGUCAUCUCAUUAUUCGGUGUUGAUUUAUCGUUCAGUCAUUCAUGUCGACUGAUAAAAUUGGUUUUCAUCAUCGCCCGGGAGGUCGUUUGACAACAUAAUGUCUAACAACCUCCACCUUGGUGU